AUGUCAAUAUUCAUUUUUGGUUGGCUCAGAAAGAGAAGCGUGAAACAACCUUCUGAAUCUGGAUCCAGGUUGAUAAAAGAACUUUUGAAUGUAUCGUAUGAAAGGCUAUUCAGAGCGACCGAUGGGUUUUCUUCAACAAACUUAAUUGGUGCGGGAAGUUUCGGCUCUGUGUUCAAGGGUAUCCUUGAUGAAGAUGGAACUAUUGUUGCAAUCAAAGUACUAAAUCUUCAACGUCGAGGAGCUUCCAAGAGUUUCAUGGCAGAGUGUAAAGCGUUGACAAAUAUCCGUCACAGGAAUCUUUUAAAAGUCAUAACUUCUUGCUCAAGUAUUGAUUUUCAAGGUAAUGACUUUAAAGCUAUUGUUUAUGAGUACAUGCCAAAUGGGAGUCUUGACAAGUGGCUGCACCCAGCUCUAGAAAAGAAUCUUACCCUUCUUAAGAGAAUAAACAUUACAAUUGAUGUGGCAUCUGCAAUAGAUUAUCUCCAUUAUCGUUGCCAUGAGCCAAUCCUCCAUUGUGAUUUAAAGCCCAGCAAUGUUCUUCUAGAUGAUGACAUGACAGCUCAUGUUGGAGAUUUCGGUCUAGCAAGGUUUCUCCCAGAAGUUUCAAAUCCAAAUCAAAGCAGCUUUGUUGGCGUAAGAGGAACAAUAGGCUAUGCAGCCCCAGAGUAUGGUCUUUGAAGUGAGGUGUCGACAAAUGGGGAUGUCUACAGUUAUGGGAUCUUGUUGUUAGAGAUGGUAACAAGGAAAAGGCCCACAGACCUUAUGUUUGAGGAAGGCCUCAAUCU